GUUUUUAGCUGUAUUGGACCCCAUUCGCCCUCCCUCUCAAGUGCUUCCCUCCCUCCCUCCAGUCUCUCCCUCUGUGUCUCUCUCCCAUAAACCCCCUGCAUUGUCCUCACUUCCAAAGCCUCCAACAUCACCGCCAUCCUCCUCCCUCGUAGGCCGCCGCCAGCCUCCAACUUUGUUUUAGAAUAAAGUCCCAACACAGAGAAAAAUCAUAACAAGCUCCACAUGGAUCCCUUCUUUACAUCCUUCCCUUCUCUCACCGUCAUCCUUCUUCUCUUACUAGCCAUGGCUUCCACAGGUGUAUUAGCGACGACAUUCACAUUCGUCAACAGAUGCGACUACACAGUGUGGCCCGGCAUUCUCGCUAACGCCAACAGUCCUAGUCUCGACUCCACCGGAUUCGAGCUUCCCAAACAAACCGCCCGCACUUUCCAAGCCCCAACCGGCUGGUCCGGUCGUUUCUGGGCCCGAACCGGCUGCAGUUUCGACGGAUCCGGUUCCGGGUCCUGCACCACCGGCGACUGUGGCUCUGGCCAAGUCGAAUGCAACGGCGCCGGAGCCUCCCCGCCUGCGACGCUUGCCGAGUUUACUCUCGGCACCGGGGGACAGGACUUUUAUGACGUUAGCCUCGUAGACGGGUACAACUUGCCCGUUUUCGUCGAGGGGACCGGCGGGUCGGGUCAGUGCGCCUCGACCGGGUGCUCCUCCGAUCUGAACAGGAUGUGCCCGACUGAGUUGAGAGUCGGAGACGGCGACGCUUGUAAGAGCGCGUGCGAGGCGUUUGGGACUCCCGAGUACUGUUGCAGCGGCGCGUAUGCUACACCCAACACUUGUAGCCCGUCGGUUUACUCGCAGAUGUUUAAGGCGGCGUGCCCCAAGUCGUAUAGCUACGCCUACUACGAUGCUACGAGUACGUUUACUUGCACCGGUGCUGAUUAUACGGUGACGUUUUGCCCCUCUUCCCCAAGUCAGAAAUCUUCUAGAGAUUCAACCACACCAAUGACAGCAACACCAUCACAAGGGGCUGCUACUGCCGGGUCGGAUCCCGGGUUCACUUAUUCAGAUUCAGGUGCCGGCUCAGGCGGUGCAGUGUCCGGUUCUGGUACAGGUGUGGAUACGGGUACUGGGGCAGGUUCCGGCACCGGGGCUGGCGAAGCAAUGCUGGCUGACGGGUCAUGGCUAGCUGGUUUGGCCAUGGGAGACUCACCUAAGACAGUGCCUCUCCCCACUCUACACUCAACACUCACUACCCCAGCAAUUUUAUGUAUCGUCUUGUCCUAUCUUUACUUGUAGGCCAUAACUUUCAUGCACCCGUUGCAUGUGAUGAGUGUCGUACAUUUGUUAGAUCAUGUGAGUAGCACAUGACGAUAAAUGUUAAACAACGGGCGCAGGUAAGUUUCCUUCCAACUCUAUGAUCCCUUGUCUUGUUGGUCUGCAAUGUGAAUUCUACAGAGCUUUUGAGUGUUUUAGUGUCGCCGGAGUUUUGCUUUUGGUAGGAAAAGCUUACAGAUUCAUCAAGAUGGUAAAAUCCAUUAAGAUUCCCUCAUCAUUGUAACAUACGCAUAAGAAAGUUGAUCAUUUUCUCUCUUUGAA